CCGAAAGACGGAUUCUCACUAUUCUCGGUUACCUUUCUAUUAACAUUAAACAAGCUCGAAAGUGUUACAGCAGCAACUGAAGAUAACUCUGUCGUUCCUUUCUGAGAAGUUAUUCUGACAAGGCGAUUGUUUUAUAUUAAAAAGGAAUGACCUGGUAAAUUUCAGUACUAUCUAUCUGUAAUUGAAUAAAGAAAAUAACUUCCUUCCCUUUGAGCGAUGAUGCUACGUGGAAUUAGUUUGGCAAGAAAACAGCUGUUUUCUAGAAAUUUUUGCGCUAAUGCAAUCAAAAACAAUGUAAAAUCUGAUGGCUUUCGCCGUUUUUGGAAAAACACAUCCGUCUCCGGUGAGAAUGGAAAAGUGUUUGUAAAGCUGGACGGACAUUCCUUGAAAACACCUUCUGGCAAAAAACUAGAAAUUCCUACUACUAUGCAGCCUUUAGCUCACUUGGUUGCUCUAGAAUGGGACCGUUUGCCAACAAGUUCGAUUCGUCCACACAUGCUUCCUGUUACAUCGCUAUUUUCGAGGGCGAUGGAAUUAACAGAUGCGGAGAAUGAAAAGAAAAGAGUUUUCGACCAAGUGAUAAAGUUUCUCGACACGGAUACCGUUCUGGUAUACGCACCCGCUGAAGAGUAUGAAGGAAAGCUUCUCAAAGAACAACAAAAGAAAUGGUUGCCUUUGAAAAAGGCCUUUGAAGAAAUGUUCAAUGUUCAACUGAAACACUUAGAUGGCGAUGUCGGGAUCAUAUCGAAUAAGCAAUCAAUAGAAACUCAUGAGACUAUUCAAAAAUGGCUAAACUCAUUAAAUCCUUGGCAGUUGGCUGCCUUUGAGCGUUGUGUUGCUUCAAGUAAAAGUUUUAUCUUGUCAACGCUUCUCCUUCAGGGAAGUUUGUCUUCCGAAGAAGUUGUUGAGCUAACUAACUUGGAGCUUUGUUUCCAAACGAAUAAAUGGGGAUCUUUAGAAGAUGCUCAUGAUAUGGAUCAUCAUGAUUUGAGACAAAAAGUUUCAAGUUCUGCACUAGUCUUUCAGUUUGCAAACACCUUAAACUAAAUGAUAUGACACCUUAUCUCUCAUUCCGAAUUUGAUUAUGAUUUUGAGGUAAAUCUUGGCUUUUUUACAUAAUGAAGUAUGCUAGUAAGACAAAUCACUGUCCAUAAACGUAUUCUAAAAGAUAUCUUAUUCAGGAUUAAUAGAGAAUAUUAAAGAGGAGUAAAUACAGAAUAAAAAAUCAAC